AUGAGAGAUUCUUACUUUCCUCAAAAUGUAAGAAAAUCACCAUACAUUAGUUAUGACAAUCUGACAAUGAACACACCACCUACUUCUGUUGUCAAGAUACCCCAGGUAGUUUAUUGUAUUAUUUGUAACAACUGUGACCAAACCUCUGUAGGAGAACCAAGCUUAAGUCUUGCUGAGCAAAUACGAGAAGAUCCCAGUGAUGCUGUAGUUCUACAUCUAAAUAACCAGAACAAAACACUUGCAUCAUUGCAACCAGAAAGUGUAAUUGGUACAAGUUCUCUCCGGAGGAUUGCCCAAUUGCGACGUCGUUAUCCUCAUCUUCUAUUCCAGAAUAUUAGAGGGAACCUAAAUACGAGACUAAGAAAAUUAGAUGAAAACAAUACUUACAGUGCUCUGAUUCUUGCUAAUGCAGGCUUACAGAGAAUGGGAUGGAAAAAUCGAAUAUCUGCCACUCUUCCUCCUGAGGACUGUAUGCAUGCAGUGGGUCAGGGAGCUUUAGCUGUUGAAAUUCGUGCCAAUGACAGAGAUAUUUUAGACAUUCUGGCACCAUUAACAGACAAAGACACAGUUCUACAGUGUAUAGCAGAAAGAUCCUUCCUCAAGAAGUUAGAAGGUGGAUGUAGUGUGCCAGUUGGUGUUUAUUCUUCUUUUAAAAAAGGAAAGCUCUUUCUUCAAGGUGGUGUCUUCAGUUUAGAUGGUGCUAAAGCAGUUAUUCAUUGCCUUGAGACUGAUAUAUGUAUCCAAGAAAAAGAGAAUGAACCAAGUGACAGUCAGGAGAAGGAAGAACUCAAAGAGUUUUGUGGAGUAGUUGUGUCACACCUUAAUCAACAGCUGCUAAACAAAGCAUUUAAACUUGGGCUUGAUCUUGCUAAUUAUCUGCUUGAAAAAGGUGCCAAAGAAAUAUUAGAUGAAGCUCGAAAAGCAAAUGAAGCAUCAGACACUUUAUGAAUUUUAAGUGUUUAUAUAAGGUAUUUAACAAUGGUAAAGACACCAAAUACAAAUGUUAUUUUGGUGCUAAAUAUUGUGUAUAAAAUUAUCACAGCAUGAAAUAUUGCCAAUCUUUUGUGGUAUUGUUCUUGGUUUUGCACCAAUUAUUAUUUUGUUUAUUUUCAUAUUUAAAUAUAGGAGGUGACUAAUCUUGAUAAAAGAAUUGGAAAAGUAUGGUAUGUAAAAAUAUCCAUUUUGGGGAAAUCUAGUAGAAUAUACCAAGUUUAAGCAUUUUUGAAAAGAAAUUUAUUACACAGGUCUGUGAAUUUAAACUUCAUAAAAGUUGUUUUGGUUUUAAUAAUGGAUUUUCCAUACUUCAGCUACACAAAUUUUAAAAUAAUAUUAAGUUUUUUCUAUCAUGUAAGGAUAUUUUUACAAAUUCAGAAAAAAAAUCUAUUACUUAGAUCAAAUUAAUAUUUCAUUUACCACAAUGAACAUUUUUAUUAUUAUUAACAAAAAAUACAAACAAACUGAAGAAAAGGAAAGUACAUUGACAUCAAACAAAUAUGCAUCCUUAUUCAUCCUGAUUUUUUUGUGAAAUCUAUAUCUUUUAGUAUCAAAACUAUGUGUUGUGGUCUUUCUCUGUUUAAAUAAAUCUAUAAACACUGUAUUACACUAUUCAACUUUUACCCACUGUUUAAAUAAAUCUAUAAACACUAUAUUACACUCUUCCACCUUUACCCACUGUUUAAAUAAAUCUAUAAACAUUAUAUUACACUCUUCAACCUUUACCCACUGUUUAAAUUAUGCAUUAUGACAUUUUGUAAAAAAUCUGUACAUGAUGUAGUAAAAUAGAUAUAUUUUAGGAUUCAGCAUAGAGAAAUAACUUUUUCAGACCAAUCUGAAUAAAUAUUUGACUGAUAAUUAUUAGAUUAAAAUAUUUCACAUAUUAUACAAUUACAUUAUUUAAAAGUAAGAUUCAUUAAAAAGUACUUAAAUAAACUUCUCUGUUGUAACUUUUAUAGCAGGUAAUUUAAGUAAUUAAUAACUGAUAUUAAAAAACAACUUAGAAAUAGAAAGUCAUACAAAGUUAGUUCUUAUAUUCAGAUGAAUAAUUUUUCCCAACCAGGUAAUUUAAUACAGAAUAAAUGUAUUUAUUACUCCAGUUUCUGAUCAAACCCACUUAUACUGUCUUUGAGAAGUUGUUUGAUUUAGAUAGAAGGAUUUAUUUUUGUUACCAGCAUGGAUGGUGAUCACUGAUUUCUUAGAAUACAUCAUAAAAAUGUUGUUUCAUUUUACUGAGAAGAAGAAAGCCUUUGUUUCAAACACGUUUACAAAGAGUAUUUGUUCAAACACCAGGUUCAAAUACUACAAGUCUGAUUGAUUUGAGGAAGGUUACAUAAGUGAAACAAGUGAUCAUUAGCAAAGGUAAAACUUGUUUAUACAAGGUAAUUGAAAUACAUUACAACCUGGGAUAUACAUGGUUGAAGUCAGAACAUAUGUGAACCUCUUUUUUGUGUAAUUUUAGUGGUGUGGAAUGCUUCAAAACAUUCAUGGCAGAGUGGAACUUCAUACUGGACUCAUGCAUACCAAGUCUUGCACUUGCAAUGACUGUCCCUGCAGUGUAAGAAAUAUUUUCUCUCAAUUUCCUUGGGGAAGUGAUUCUCUUUGCAGAAUGCUUAUUGGCUAGAACACUGUAUAUGGGUCUCUUCUUUGCUGGUGGAAGAAUUGUUUGUGAUGUUGGCCAUCCUCUCUUUCAAGUUCCCCUUUCCACAUGUCCCUUGUAGAGCAGACCAGGGACAAUACAGCUCUUGAAUCCAACAAAUCAAUUUCUACAUGACUAUUCUACUUCCACAGUAUCCAUUCAUUCAAUAGUGCUACACCUAUAAGCUGGUAAAUUGUUCUCAUAUAUGAAAAAUAAUACAUAAAACAAAAAAAAUUAAAAUAUUAAGUGCUUGCUACUGAAAACAUUAAAAAAAUAUAUAUGUAUUUUGAGAAGAAAAAAAAGACCAUUAAAUUGUCACUCUUUAAGCCUAAAUGAGAGCUGGAAAUUUUUUGUUAAAAAACUUUUACUUUUGUUAGUAAAUUUUACAACAUAUGUCUUUACAAAAAAAUCAACUAUAUGAUGACAAAAUCAUUUUCAAGUUCUUUCACUACAAUAAUUUUAUCAGUAUGUUAGUUAUUUUUUGUUGACUCGUACUUGAUGAAAUGAAUCACAACUAUUAUAUAACUUACUAUUUAUUCUCUUCAGUUGUUUUCUAAUGUUAAAAGUCCAAAAGACUAUAAAUUUUGUAAGUAAAAUAUAGUUUUUGUAAACGUUUUUAAUAUGCAUUUAACUGCUUGCAUCAUGAAUGAACUGUUUAAUUUUUGUUUGUACAACUAAAACUUGAUACAGAGCAAGAUGUUGAGUAAAGGCACUUUAUGAAAUAUUACAAUUUAUAUCAAGCAAAUUAUGUAAUUUUUUAAAGGAGUCUAAGAUAGAUACUAACCUUACUGUGUACUUUAGCUCAAAGCUUUUGUCCAAAUUAAAUUUGAAUUCUAAGUGAAUACACUUUAAACUCAAUUUUACUUUCUUUGUUUUUUUAACACUUGUGGAUAGAAAUUUUAAUAUUUAUUUUCUCAAGUUUAAUCAAAAAUCAUAUUUAUUUUUAUGAUUUUUUAUGUUUCUACAACAAUAUAAACUCCAGAAGAAGUUUAAUUAUAAUUUGGGUAAGUUUUGCACCUGAAGUAUUCAUGCAUAUGGAUGGUUUAUCCAUAAAUAACUACAUUUUUAGUGUUCAAAGAAAAAUAGGUCAAUCUUCAAACAAUACAAUUUGUUCUUUUUAUGCAUGAGUAUGUAUUAUUUUAUGUUGAGUUUCUUAGUUUUUUUUUUACUUUGGGUUCAAAGUUAAUGUAUGGAAAUUAAAACAUUCGAAAGAUUUAAAUCUUUCAUGUUUCAUAUACUGUGAGUAUAAGAGCUGUUGAAGGUUCCAUACAUAUACUACACUGUUGUUAUUUAUAUUCCUGAUAUUGCUGUUGGCAAUUACAUAUACAAUGUAUGAAAAGGUUACUAACUCUGUAUACUUAGUAGGCUUUAUCUAAAUGACACAUGUUUGCAUUUAUUAUUGAUUUAAUAUCUUAGAAUUAUCAUAUAAAGUGUACUUUCAUUGUUUUUUUUAAAACCAAGUAAUCACAUUUGUUGUUAUAUUUCUUCAGUUGAUUUGACAUUUUUAGAUAUUUAUGUUUUUAUUUAAAAACAACUUUUACUUCCAAUAAACAUACAAGAAAGUGAAGUAUUUCUAAUAUUCUCUCAUACUUAUAAAAGCACUGUUUACAUACUAAGAGAGCUUUGUUGUUCAUAAAUGUUGUGCUGGUUAACAAAAUAUAUUUCACAAUAAUUUAUAAACUGGAAUGGAUCUUCUUGUAAAAAUAUUAUUUUGUAAUAUGAUGAAUAAAGAAUUAGAACCUUUAA